UGAUAGUAAAAAAAAAGCAUGAAAAACGGAUUGAGUCAACUAAAAAAGGUCAAAGGAAAUUCUGUUUAACUCACGUUUAUUUCAUGAAGCCGCUGCCAGAACCUUCACCACUACUCACAAGAUUUUUAUCAACUGAUUUAAUGAAAAUAACUUUAAAUAACUUAAAUCCAUCAGGUCGCCGGUUAUUAAUAGCUUAUGACAGUCGAUCAUAUUAUAUGAAUACAAUUAAUUGUUAUUAUAUGCAUGUGAAAUUUCUCAAAGUUUUUGAAGCUGUUACAUUGAUAAUACAGUCAAUAACUUAUCCAAAUAUAAUAAAAGCAAACAACAAACCUACCAUAUGUGCUUUAACUCCAUAUAAAUUUAAAAUGAUUGAUGUUGACUAUGAACUAGCAUUGUCAACAGAAUCUUUGGAAAAGUAUUUGUUUAAAGAGUCCUCAAAAAAAGUAAACAAAAAUAAUCGUAUUCGAAAUGUUAAGCCAUUAACUACUCUCCAAUGGUGUAAGAAACAUAACCAAAUGUAUGAUGUGUUUGUGUUUUUGGGAACUAAUAAAAUGGAUUUAAAAAGAAUAAGAAAAGCCAAAGCAAACUAUGAAGCUUUUUCAAAUUCAAAAAUUAAGAUUAUUGUUUGUUGUCUAAAUGGAAAUCAUACUGAUCGAGUGGAACUUAGUCGUGAUGGUUUUUUAUUUAUACCUGGUUUUGAUAAAAAUAUUGGAAAAAUUAUUGAAUUAUUUAUAAAUAAUAGAUUUUAAACACUCAUGUUUUUUUUUUAAUUCUGUUGUACAGUAAUAAUGCUUAUGGACUCGAAUAUUUUGUUCCAAAAUGAGUCCAGUAUUUGAAUAAAAGUAUUAUACAGCCGAGUCAUGAUAACUCAAAAAACUUGAAAACUCGAUUUAUUU